UGCAUACAUGAUUGGGAUAAACUACGAGUCUUCUUUUGCGCUCAGACUUCUUGAGUAGUCUAGGAACGAACUAAUUCUGUAAUAGCGAUUUUAUGUUCGUUUUCGAAUGCCAAGCUCCAAUGUCACUUGUCCCAGAUGAUCGGCACGGUUUUUGUGAAGCGUCGUCAUCACCAUGGUUGAAUCAAUGGAAGUGGAUUCUGCAUCGGUUCCAGAGGAAACGCAGGAUGCAGAGGCAGCCACUAUCGAUGAAUUGAAGGAACACACAGCGCACAUACAGAAGGCCGUUGCACAGAAAGAAUCUCGUUUCAUUCUACGAAUCCUUCGGCUUCUGCCAGCCACACGUAAAAAGUUAAAUUCAAAGCUUCUACGUAAAACAAUUAACGGGUUCUACACGCACGAUAAGAUGCAUCGCGAAGUGCUCCUUUCGUUUGUAGCGUCUGAUGCCGAGGAUGCUGAUGACACUGACGCAGCCCAGAAUCGGAUGCGAUCGCAAAAGAGUGCCCAUCUAGCUCUACUUCCAGAAGUCGAUGUCUACCUUCACCUUCUUCUACUGGUCCACAUGAUCGAUGCCCUGGAGAAGGCCCAGAGCGCCAACAUGGAGCGCGCAAUUCGUUGUGCAGAACUUCUCAAAGGCAAAGUAGAAGCACACAGCGCCCGCCGCAGUAUGGAUCUGUUGGCGGCCAAAACAUACUUCUACUACAGCCGGGUGUACGAACUUGAUGGAAACCUAUCUUCGAUUCGCGGGUUUCUACUAAAGCGUCUGCGGACGGCCACACUUCGAUCAGACUUUGAGGGUCAAGCUGUUCUAAUUAAUUGUUUGAUGCGAAAUUAUCUCCACUACUCUCUAUUCAAACAAGCUGCUAAGCUUGUGUCCAAGGUGACCUUCCCAGAGAUGGCGUCGAAUAAUGAAUGGGCCCGUUAUUUGUACUACCUUGGUUGUAUUAAGGCUAUCCAGCUAUACUAUACCGACGCUCACAAAAAUCUUCUUCAGGCUAUUCGUAAGGCGCCACAACAUUCGGCCCUCGGUUUCAAGCAGACAGUCUACAAGCUCGCCGUUACAGUCGAGCUUCUUCUUGGUGACAUCCCUGAUCGUACGACGUUCCGUCAACCUGCACUACGAAAAAGUCUUGCGCCCUACUUCCAAUUGACGCAGGCAGUUCGAACUGGAAACCUCGGCCUAUUCAACCAGGUUCUAGAGAGCUAUGGAGCUCGGUUCCAGGCCGACCACACUUAUACCCUAAUCAUUCGACUACGGCACAAUGUCAUUAAAACUGGAGUGCGCAUGAUUAACCUCUCGUACCAGCGGAUCUCAUUGGCUGAUGUCGCAGCAAAACUGCAGCUAGGCUCCGCUGAGGAUGCCGAAUUUAUAGUAGCCAAAGCGAUUCGAGAUGGCGUAAUUGAGGCCACCAUCGACCAUGAUAAGGGUUAUGUGCAGAGUGCCGAAAAUAUCGACGUCUACUGUACAGGCGAGCCACAGUCCCAAUUUGAUCAACGGAUUUCAUUCUGUCUCGACAUCCAUAAUCAGUCAAUUAAAGCUAUGCGGUUUCCACCAAAAAGCUAUAAUAAAGAUCUUGAGAGCGCUGAGGAACGACGUGAGCGUGAGCAGCAGGAUAUGGAGUACGCGAAAGAGCUGGCUGAAGAGGAUGAUGAUACGUUCCCUUAAUGUCAAAAAGCGAGCGGAGUGGUGUGCGGCGACGAAAUUUAGUGGAAAGACAAAAACAUCCAGGUCACCUGGGCAUCUGAAAGAUGCUCUCAGUUUAGAGCGACAAGGACAAAAGAGAGUAACUUCUGCAGAGGAUACGGCUCAUAUAUAUAUAAUAAAUGCUAAUACUAACAGUUACA